CCCCAGGAAAAAAAAAAAAAAAGAGAGAGAAAGAAGAAAGAACAUCAAGAGAAACCACAAAACCCACAGAUUUUCUCUCCUUCCCUUUAUAUUCUGCAUUUUCUGGGCAUUCUCUUCUUCUUUUUUGGUGGGUGUGUUUUGUUUGUUGUGCUCAUGGAUCUGAACUGGUUUCCUAUUUUCCAAGGGUUUUCUGAGAUACCAGGAAAAUGGGGAGAGAGAAGAUAAAGAUAAAGAAGAUAGACAACGUGAUGGCGAGGCGAGUGACAUUCUCGAAGAGGAGAAGAGGGCUGAUCAAGAAGGCUCAGGAGCUCUCCGUUCUGUGUGACGCUGAUGUGUCUCUCAUCAUCUUCUCAGCUACUGGCAAGCUCUAUGAAUUCUCCAGCUCCAGUAUGGAGGAUACACUGACGAGGUACGUUCUUCACUCCAAUAUCGUUGAGAAACCGGUCCAACCAUGUCUUUCACUCCAGAAAGACAGUAGCAAUCUUGAAAUGUUGCGCAAGGAAGUGAAUGAUAAGGCUUACAAACUGAGACAGAUGAAGGGAGAGGAUCUGGAGCGGUUGGACGUGGAGGGAUUGAGACAAUUAGAGAAGAAACUCGAGGCGGGACUGAGCCUUGUUAUCAAGACUGAGUCGUUCCUCUCUUUCCAGGAAGAGCGAGCAUCGACCAAGAUCAACGAACUGCAGGGAAAGGAAGCACAGUUGAUAAAAGAGAACAAACAGCUGAAACAGAAAAUGAUUUUACAUCGAGGGAAGUCAGUGAUCGUGAACUCAGAGGACAAUAAUGUGGUUCUAGAGGUCGAAGGCGUGUUGUUGGAGUUGGUUAACAACGUUGCCGUAGGCAGCAGUAGCGUUGCUCCUCUGGAUGAUGAUCGCUUUCAUCCCUCGAGUUAGGGUUUCUUGUCUGAAGCUGAAGUAUCAGACAGCUAACUGGUGCAUCUUCUGCAAUAAAACAAUAAAGGAGGGAAGCCCAUUAUUUCAAUGAUAUUAAUAAAGGAUUGAAGCUCGUGAUUCAAUCCCCUAAAAUGCUUAUUAGUGCAUAUAGCUAGUUGAAGAUUCAACUUCUUAUAUAAAACCAAUUGUCGUGAUGAUUCAGCCUGUCUUUGCAUUUUCUUACUUGGUUGCCCUAGACAACAUUUGUACAAUCUAUGUUAAUUGUUAAGGUCUACUAGGAGCGAAAAAUUAUCUUUAUUUAAGAAUGUAUGGUUGACUGCUUGACAUUUAUCUAUAAGUGAUGCUAACGAAAUAUAUUAAUGUUAAUA